GACUUGAACAUGUAUUGAUUAUCACUGUUUUGUGUAUCAAAGAUAUUAUUUAUUUGCAACGUAAUUAAAAAUUGUAAAAGGCUGUAAUAUAGAGUGGAAGCACCUAUUUUUCAGCGGAAAUUAAAAAAUUGUAGUAAUAUAAAUUAACUCCAUAAUCUUUCUCUCGUGCUGAAUGGAGCAAAUGUUAAAACAUUCCAAAAAUCAAAACAUUGGUGCAAAAAUAUAAAAAAAUCAACUCGAUUCCAUAGUGAUGAUAAAUGCUGGUGAUGGCUCUAGUGCUAAUUAGAUUGUCAGCCGAUGUAGGCGUGCUCAUUGCGGUUUAGUAUACGAUAAAACGACUAGUGAAUGUGUAUAAAAUUGCUUCAAUUAUUGUUCGUCACCCAAAAAUUUAAGAUAAUUAGUGAACGGAAACCGAGUGCUCCUAAUGAGAAGCAAUUAGUGCGUGUAGAUAGCGUAGUGCAAAUUGCGCGUGACUGCGUUAAAAAAAUUCGAUAAUUACAUACACUGUAAAUGACGCUAAAAUGAAAGAUAACAUGGACGAAAAACUAACUUUUUACAGUUGAGAAUUGAUUUAUUGCUAAGUGAAAGAAUGAAUGAAAUUAAAAAAGAAAAUUAGUGAUAAAUAUAAUUUGAAUAAUAACUUGUUGUAAUUGCAAAGAAAUUACAAAGAGAACAUGUUCAAAAAUUUUGGUGGAAAAAGAUAAGUGUUUCUGAGUGCAGUAAGACAGUACUGCCGUAUUUAAAACGGUAUAGUUCGGGAGCAACAUUUGUAAGACAGAGAAGAAAAACCAGUGCAAGAUGGUGAACAGGCGCGGGCUGCUAGCCCCGCAGAACACUUUCUUGGAUACCAUCGCGACUCGUUUCGACGGCACGCACAGCAACUUUGUGCUCGGGAACGCUCAGGUGCCGUCGUUGUACCCCAUCGUGUACUGCAGCGAUGGCUUCUGUGAGCUCACGGGCUACGCGCGUGCGCAGAUCAUGCAGAAGUGCUGCGCAUGCAAGUUCCUCUUCGGGCCAGAAACUCUGGACGAGAACAAACUUGCUAUCGAGCAGGCACUUGAGAACAAGACUGAACUCAAGCGUGAAGUUAUGUUCUACAAGAAAAACGGCACUGCGUUCUGGUGUCUGCUCGACAUCGUUCCUAUCAAGAACGAGAAGGGCGAAGUCGUUCUCUUCCUGGCGUCCCACAAGGACGUCACCAACACCAGGAUUGCUGAAAGCGACUCUAAUCAGGACUCAGAAGACAACGACACUCAAGACCCGGAAGCGCCUCCACCCGGUAACUAUGGGCGCCGGCGCAGUCGCGCUGUUCUCUACCAGCUCUCCGGCCACUACAAACAGGACAAGAUCAAAAACAAACUCAAGAUCAACAACAACUUGCUUCAGCCUCACGCGACAGCCCCCCUGCCUGAGUACAAGACAGUCAGCAUUCAGAAGUCUCGCUUCAUCUUGACACACUACGGCAUGCUCAAGACGUGCUGGGACCUUGUCAUCCUCUUCGCCACGGUCUAUGUGGCCGUUGUGGUUCCCUACAACGCUGCCUUCCUCGAGCAGAAGUCCAAUCCGGUGCCUGACAUCGUCGUCGGCGCGCUCUUCUUAUGCGACAUUAUCCUGAAUUUUCGGACGACGUACGUGAACAAGAAGGGCGAGGUGGUGUUGUGCCCCCGCAAGAUCGCCCUCAACUACAUCAAGGGCUGGUUUGUGCUCGACUUGGUUGCCGCCAUCCCCUUUGAGCUCAUACUGCAGAGCAGAACUGAAAAUGAGGCGAACAAGAUCUACACGAUGCUAAAGUUGACGCGCCUGCUUCGCCUGGCACGACUUCUGCAGAAGAUGGACCGCUACUCUCAAUACUCGACGUUCGUGCUCACGUUGCUCAUGCUGUGCUUCACGCUAGUGGCUCACUGGCUCGCCUGCAUCUGGAUAGCUCUUGUCGUCAUCCCCACACCCACUAACGGCACUUACAUGGAGAUCGAGUAUGACAGAGCAAGCUGGAUUUACGAGCUGGCAGAGCGCACUCACGUCAACGUGUCUAGUCUGAACAACGACCAGAAGUAUGUGACUGCGCUGUACUUCACGUUCUCAUCCCUCACGUCCGUUGGCUUCGGCAACGUCUCCGCCAACACUAAAGCUGAAAAAAUAUUCAGCAUCAUCAGCAUGCUUAUUGGCUCGCUGAUGCAUGCCACGGUAUUUGGCAACGUAACUUCCAUUAUUCAGCGGAUGUACUCGCGCAAGUCGCAAUACCAAACCAAGUGGCGAGACCUCAAAGACUUCCUCACGCUCAACCAGAUCCCCAAGGAGCUCAAGCAGCGCAUGCAGGACUACUUCCAGACCAUGUGGAGUCUUAACCAGGGCAUCGAUAUUCAUGAGACUCUGAAGGAGUUCCCUGAGGAGCUACGAGGCGACAUUUCCAUGCACAUCCACCGAGAAAUUCUGUCACUGCCCAUUUUCGACACGGCUGCCCAAGGCUGUCUCAAGCUCUUUAGUUUGCACAUUCGUAACAACUUUUGUGCCCCCGGCGAGUUCCUGGUGCACAAAGGUGAUGCCGUGCAGUACAUUUACUACCUCUGCAACGGCUCCAUGGAGGUCGUCAUCGAUGAAAUGGUUGUCGCCAUCCUCGGCAAAGGGGACUUGGUGGGAUCAGACAUAGACAUGCACCUGGAGACUGGCAGUGAGACCAUCGUAAAGAGCGCGUGUGAUGUGAAGGCCUUGACUUAUUGCGACCUCAAGAGUGUUAAUAUCAUGGGGGUCAUAGAGGUGCUCAAACUCUACCCUGAGUACCAACAAGAGUUUGCCAAUGAUAUCAAGCAUGACCUCACACAUAACCUACGUGAAGGUUACGACAGCGAGGAGCGAGACGACUUGGACAUAAUGUCGGGCAAGAACUUGUUGCCGUCCAUCAGCGAGGACGACGAAGAGCGCGGCAGUGACGACGAGGACCGCUCGCCCAUGUGCACGUCACCGCGGUCGCCGCUACACGCCACGUCGCGCGGCCACAAUAGCAUGGAAGAAGAAGUGGUGGGCAGCCCUCGGUGGGCACAGCGUGGGCGGGACCGAGCGGGCCAGGGGGGCGCUUCGACCCCCCACCGCCUCAAGCCGCUGUCGCCCACCCGCCACCACCGCUCCUCCGACGAGCUGCGCCCGCCACCCGACGACGCGCAGUCCCGCCAGCACCUCGAGAAAAUUGACUCGCAAGUCACGUCGCUUCACUCGCAUCUCAAUGUUCUAACCAAGGAGGUGAGAUCUGCAGUGCAGAUCCUGCAGACGCUGGGCAGUCGUAGCAGCAGAGGCGAGCUGGUGGCAGGUGGCGGGGGCGGUGGCGGUGCACAGGCCGGCAUCGCCAUCGAUGUGUCCCGACAGCUGUCGCCCUUCACGCGCUCGUCCCCCAGCGUCUUCGUGACCACGGAGGAGCCUCUCUCUCCUCCCCACACACAAGUCAAGGCAUGUCGCCACGUGGCCACUCAAACACACUUGCCCAUCAACGUGCCAGUAGCUGUGCUCGAGGCGUUCGUCUUGGCGCACAAAGAAAGAGUUCUGCAGUUACUGGGAGUAGAUGACCAGAGCUCUCCAGCUUCCCCAGCCUACACUAAACUAGUGGGGGAAGAUAAGACUGAUGUUGACCAAAACUCUGUUGACAUCACAGAGAAAAACUGGAAUGCUGCAACUGGCAACAAAGAGUCAUCAGCACGUACGAAUAGAAGUAGUGAUCAGCCAGAGUUAACCACCGAUUUCUGUGGAGACGCCAACGCAAGUAGAAGUUUCGGAAGAUCGUCAGGCUUAGAAGACUCUAUAACUAUUAAUUCUAUUUCAUUAUCUGAUAAUAAUACUGGCAGAUGUCGUAAAUCAUCAUCGGAAAAGUUAGAAGGCAGCGCUGAGAGGAAAGAGGCGCGUCGAGAACGUCGUCGCUUAAAUGUCAGAUCCCGAACUUCCCAAAACGACAGCUCGCCAUCACCAUCUAGUUCUGUUUCUUCAGUUACUACUCCAUCAAAUCAGAGGAAAUUUUCGAUUCUAUCAGAUUGCCCGGACGUAGUCGAUCAAGCCUCUUUUUCAGCCCAAAACAACUCCGUAUUAGUUCAACAAGACGAUCAUAGAGAGACUGAAGUGAUUGCAUUCUCCGAUCGAGAAAAGAACAUGACAAGUGAAAUACUUCUUGAUAACGCCGAUCUAGCCAACGAGAAGGUCACUUUAUUAAAUGCGUUAUCAUACGAUAUUCCUGCACGUAUAGUAAGCAGAGCGAGAUCUGGAGCUUUACCCGGCACUUAUCAGUUAACGAAUCUUCAAGAUUGGAGCCCUAAUUGUUCACAAAAUACUCGUCAAAAUAUCCCUAAUUCCAUCAGUAUGGGAAGUAUAAAAGAUCUGCUGCAUCGUUGUGGACCUUUAAUAUCAAAUGCCGCAAACACGAAGAUAAUUCGAAACUCUUCUUCAGAUCUCGGUGUCAAAAUGCCUCGUUCAGGCAAGAAAAGACCUGACUAUAUUCCUCUAGAAAUAACUCAGACGAGAAAUCGAGAUGCAACAACGAUAAAUAUGCCUCGUAGCGCGUCCAUGCCCACGUCAGCAUCUGUCGCAACAGCAUACGAGCGACACAAAGAGUCUACGUCACAAGUGGACUCCUUAAAAAUUAGCAAUAGUCAUUCUACAUAGGCGGAAAAUCGUGAAAAGUAAGUAAAGAAUAGUGACAUCGUGAAUUUGGGCACUUUCCAUUCAUAAGCUGUAAAGCAGGGCACUUACCAUUCAUAAGCCGUUUCAACGUUCAGGCGCUCUUUCCUACCCUAUUAUACCGUUGAUUAACGGUAUAAUAAUUGUAUAAUAUUAUUAACGGUAUAACGUUGUAUUAUUAUACCGUUAAUAAUAACGUAUUAUUAUACCGUUGUAUUAACGGUAUUAUAAUACAACGGUAUUUCACCGUUGAUUUUUAGCUCGCGAUCGCAGCGAGUCAUCGCCACGAUUGUUUUAAUGCUUCAUCGCUAGAGUUGAGGUGCAAUAAAGAAUGCAAGCUCCUUUAUCAAAUUUUGUUUGCGCAAUUAUAUAGAACUAAUUCACUCGCAUCGAUCUUGUGAUUAAAUCAGGUCAAAAUAGCAGUGCAGCUUCAUUUGUCGUGGCAAUAUUUAAAUGAAAUGAAAAAUUAUCUUGAUAUAUUCUUAGGUGUAUUUAUUGAUGCAGUGGCAUGUCGAUUAUUAUUAUUUGCCUGCAGAAACCUCAUUUCCCGGAGAUGUAUGGAGUGCAUCAUUUAUCUUUAACUAGGAGGUUUUGGCAUCACGCAAUUAUUAUUUAGGUACGUUUAAAUAAAUACCUUCUUGCAUAAUUCGAACUGCCUGCCUUAUCGAGUUAUCGUCUUUGAAUUAAGGAUUUUUCGUAAACCAAAAGUACGGUCUCGCUUCCUUUUUAAUCCGGCUAUAAUCAACUCCGGCUUUCACUUGAACCAUCCACAUUUCACCAGACGAAUUAAUUAGUUUUGGUUCAAGCUUCAUGCGUUCAGAGAAGUUGCUCGUUCUUGGCAAUUCUGUACACGUAGGACGGGAACGUACCGUAUAAAUAAGCUCUAUAAACAUGGUAUAUAUUGAAGUGCUUACGUGACUUUCGUCUUUCAGUACAUAAGUGAAAUGAGUCAAGUCCAACCGAAUAGUUGAUAUUUUUAUUGCUUGUCAUUACUUGGAAUGUAUAUAUCUCUACAAAAAAUCUAGUAGUUUUAUAUUUAACACCGAAUCCUAUGUGUUCUGUGUUUCAUCGCUUCAAUUCAUGCUUGUUAGUGUGACAGCAUUUCUGGGUGAAGUAAGAUUCAUGUUUACGAAGCUGACUUCAUAGAACUUGAUGAAUCUCAUCCAAUUGCCUGGACUUUAAUUAUUAUUAGAAAAUUGAAGACUGAAGAAUAAAUAAUUGAUUCGUCACUUAGUGAAUAUUUAUGAAAUGGGCCAGAUAACGUCUUCCUCUUUCCUUCCUAUUUAUGGUGCGAAAUAAAAGAGAAUUUGCGAAAGUAUUCUGAUUGCGAUGGCCUGUCUAAGGUUUCCUAGCAUCUUGCAUAAAUAGUUUUGGCUUGCAAACAUCAAGUUUCAAGUUUUACUCUCUUCUGCUCAUACUCAAAAUCUUUAGUUUAAAUGACAAUUUCAUUUCAGAUAGGUAUUGAAUGAUGAAUUUGUCGUUUUUAAAAUGUACUCUUUGUUUUAGAUUUUUGCAUUGUCUGAAUCACUCGCUCUCUGGCACCUUGUAUGCAAGUAUUUGAUCUUUUACACAUCUAUGUAGUGUAUUUGUAACAAUUGCACUGAUAAGAUCACGACGCUUUUAACACCUACUUUGAAAAAUGCACAUGUUUCAAACAUUUUAGGAUUAUUUUUGUCAUUGACAAGUUCAUAUUAUAGUAUUCUCUUGUUAAAAUAUGAAACAAUACUAGUCAUAGGAGGCCUUGACUGGAUAUCAAUUUUAGUCGUUAGUUGUCGUUUUUUCUAUAUAAAGGAAUUUGUAUAAUAUCUUUUUUAUUGUUAUUUCGAGCUUUAACAAGAUUUGUGGUGAUUUUAUCUAUGAUAGAAGCAAUAUUAUUCACAUUGAAACAAACUGUUUUUUCGCCGUUGAGAGAAAAGUGUAAUAGAAAAGAAGUAUGUGGUACCGAUCAAAUUUUUACUCGUGCACUUGAAAAAACUUAGUUAUUGUUUUCAUUCUUUUUUCCGAAGUGUUCCUGGGAAAUGUAUCGAAAAGAAACACGCUCAAAGGUAAAUCUCAUUCCUUAGAUGUUCGUGAAUGUUCGUCAUGUAUUGCUAGCCAAAAAUUACUCCGAAAUGGUUCGGCAUCUACAGGUUACUUCUAACACGAGUUCGGCAGUUGAUGUAUAUGCCAAUAUAACUUAGCGAUUUUCAUGGGAACGUCACCAAAUAUUCAAUGCCAUUUCGCCUUUCAUGCAUCAUCUUCCGUCCUUUCCUUUUUUGUAUAAUUGACGGAAGUGCAAGCUAAGUUGUUUCUGUGUACAUGUGACAUCUUAUGUUCGUGAGAUGACGUAUAUGAAUUUUUGUUAGCUUUUAUGCAUUUCAUAUGCAGUACGAUGAUUGAUUGCUUAGCUUUAAAAAAACCUCUGCGCAUAAUUCGGUUAAAUGCCAGCUAUUCUGCAUGGUUGGCCUCCAGCAUCUCUGAUAAUUAAUAGUCGGCCUCGUAUUUUGUUAACGCAUGCUGUAUAAAAUCUGUUUCGUUUUCAAAGUGAAUUCAUUACACCAUGCACAUGAAUGAAUGCGAUUUUGUUGAAGUACUAUGUGGGCAUCACUUCGAUGGAAAGUGAAAGUCGUUUAAAUAAAGUUCUGACUUUGUUUUCCCUUUGAAAUCUUUUAAAAAGUCGAGAUUUAUAUCCUAUCUCUUCAUUGUUGGUUGUAUUUUGUUUUUGUCCCCUCGUGUGGGACUUCUGACGGGUGU